UGAUGUUGCAUUUGCGUUGGCUUUUGAACAUCCGCUUGCAUGACCUCCAGGUGUUGCAGAAAAACCUUGUUUAAAGCUGCUGACGCGCAAAGUUGUUGACAACUCUGUUGAAGACAUCCAGCCUCAUGAAGAUCAUUGGGCCAGUGUAGUGUGGAGCAAGGCAUGUGCACGCCCGGGAAUGCACUUGCCCUAUCCCGUUGAUGAAGCGGUAUUUGGUGACGCAGGACGUGCGCGGAGGACGUGCAAGCAUGUUCGCAAUGUCUUGAAGAGUUUUUGUCCAGCGGUCGCAUAGAAGGAGACCCAGCAUGCUCCACAGCUGCUUGCGAUUGUGACGUCCAUCUUGGCGAAGGAUCAGGAUAGAUGUAGGAACUCCAGAGAAGCCAUGCAUGCAGUGUGUCCAUCCUCUUCAUGUCAACUCGCGGCGUGAAGGGGAUAGCGAUUCCUUGGACUGUGACUUUGGCAAAAAAGGACAUGUACCCAGCGAGGUACAGUGUUUCAAUGCACUGGUGCCGCCAUGUUGGAUAAAGCUUCGAAUCGAAGCAGUUGCCUUUCUUGGUCCAGCGAUUAUUUUGGUGGUGCUACCCUCAAACUUAGCUGAAAGCUAUCGCAGGGUUGACUGCUGGUUCUGUGCUGGCGUUCUUGACAUUUUGUUUGCUCCACACUUGGGACCAGACAUUUCACUUCAGUCUUGCUUAGCAGCUUUGCCGCUUGGUCCUCGACUAGGAAUCUCUUUCGGGUUUUGUCAGGAGUCUGGUUCCAGUACAAAGCCUGAGACCGAAUCCGCGCAGAAGUGUCAGUGUAAGCAAUCCAAAGAGCAGCAGGACAUCAUGGAGCAAAUGCAGAACAGAGAACCAGUCCAACAUGUCAACAGAUUCGAUUACAACAGGAACAACUGCAUUUUCCGGAGAUGCAGACAGACACACAUUGGAGCAGCAAGAGAAUUUGGGAGUCCACCGGGUUCAGCCGGCUCGCAAGUGGUCAACUCAACAGCUCAAGCGAGCACGACAUUUCUCACCCUGAAUCCAAGGCCCAAACCAUGGCUGACUUCAAUAGCAACUGGUGUUUGUUUCAAGGGAUGAGUUUCCGACAUGUCAGGUUUGAGACUCUGACGUGGGAUCACUUGAGUUAGUUCCCAAGAGCUUUCGUAACGGAAGCUGUUGCUUGAAGGCUGUCUGGCAGCAUUGACAUCAGCUACCAGCUACAUUGACAAAUGCAUCCUGAAGGGAAGCCAGAAGAGUGCCACAGGGCUCUUUUGCAUUGGCAAUUUCAGUGCCACCAAACAGAUACAAAGUUGAUGAGGUCAGCGUGUGUGGAUGUUGCGGCACAUUAGGAGAGGUUGCAUUUGCUCAAAAUUGCUCCAAAGCAGUCAUAUUUUGAAGCCAAAACAGGGGCUUGCGGCUUGACCUUGGUGACAUAGGUGUCAAGUGUACUUUUUCAGCAGAAGCGGGCAAUCAUGAAAGCCUCCGGUCGCUGCAGCAAAUUUGUGCGCAUCUCAGCAGCCGCGAAGGGUAUCAAAAUCAGUUGCAGAAAAAGGAUCCGGAGAGCACUUGGGCCAGAUAGCUGGGUAAGUGCCCUUGUGCGCAUUGACUUGGUGAUCAUCCUAGCACGUUGCCAGACAAGAAAA